GCCGCUGGAGCGCGUGCCGUGCCGCCGCUGCGCCCUGGUCUCCAGCUCGGGGCAGAUGCUGGGCUCGCGCCUGGGGAAGGCCAUCGACGGCGCGGAGUGCGUGCUGCGCAUGAACCACGCGCCCACGCGCGGCUACGAGGAGGACGUGGGCACCCGCUGCACCCUGCGCGUGGUGUCGCACACCAGCGUGCCACUGCUGCUGAGGAACCAGCCCUACUUCUUCGAGCAGUCCCAGGAGACCGUCUACGUGAUCUGGGGGCCGCCCAAGAAGUUGAACCGGGAGCAAGUGGGCCCGACCUACCAGGCACUGCUCAAGGUGAUGGAGAAGUAUCCCGACCUGCAGAUGUACACGUUCACUGAGCAGAAGAUGGCCUAUUGCGACGACGUCUUCCAGAACGAGACCGGCAAGAACAGGUUGAAAUCCGGCUCCUACCUGAGCACGGGCUGGUUCACCAUGAUCGUGGCCAUGGAGCUGUGCGAGCAGAUCCUGGUCUUCGGCAUGGUCAGCGACCAGUACUGCAGGGAGAAGAACCACUCCAGUGUGCCUUACCACUACUUCGAGAAGGGCCGCAUGGACGAGUGCAAGACCUACCUCGCCCACGAGCGCGCGCCGCGCGCCGGGCACCGCUUCAUCACCGAGAAAGCCGUCUUCUCCCGCUGGGCCAAGAAGAAGAACAUCGUCUUCACCCACCCCUCCUGGGCAGGCAUGCAGAACCCAGCGCCAGCCUCGGACACAGUGUCGGGAGCACUGAACCAGCGGUAG